CUUAUAAGAAGAGAUAAGGGCCUUUUCGUUCUCUUUUCUUCCCCUAAUUUAUUGUCAAAAUGGCAGACGACGCACAAAAUUCAUCGUCGUGAAAAUGUUUCUGUUCUAUCCUGUUGAUUUACGGAUACGAUGGCACGAUUUCAGGUUAGGAGUGGUAGGAGAAGGGGAAUAUAUGGAAUACCAUGUCUUCAGUCACGACUCCAGGUGGCAGUUAUUAUCAUUAUAGUCUUCAUAAUUUCCGUCUCCAUCAAGAUCCUGCAGCCAGAAUUCUCUUCAGAUACUAGAAUUGAAUCACUGAAUUUAGGAGACAGCAUAAAACAUAAUGCAAUGCCUGAUGGGAAUUUAGUGGUCAAUCACAUUGACUUUGCACCACAAGAGGUCCAUUUAGACAUUGAUGGACCCAUGAACAUAGCUCAACGUACAGAAAAUGCCAGAGACAAGCUGAUAGAAAAGUAUCGAGUGAACAUCAGUACUUCAAAGCACUCUUUACAGUCACUCUGGAGUACUGCUGCUGACUGGGUACAAGCUCGUGAAAUUCUCCCAGAACGCGCCACAGAACUUGGUGCCAUUCUUCAUGCCAUGGCAACAGCACCUAUCACUGCUGUAGAUGUGGGUUAUAAAGGCACACAGCUAAAAUUAUCUAUGGAACUACAAGACAAACAAUCAGUUGUUUUCAAGCCCAUGUGGUACAAAAGAGAUUUUAUUAUACAAGGUGAACCAUAUGCAGGAAGAGAUAGGCAUAAUGCUGAGGUAGCAGCCUUUCAUCUCUCAAGGAUCUUAGGGUUAAGGCGUGUUCCAUUAGCUGUUGGGCGUAAAGUUAACCUUAAACAAGAGGUUAUUCCUGUUGCAUCUCAGGCACUUCUAAACACAUUUUAUAAAGAUAAUAAUAACACUUGUUUCUAUGGCAAGUGCUAUUACUGUCGACCAACAGAAGGGGUAUGUGCGGAAGGGGAAGUAAUGGAGGGCACAGUAAUCCUCUGGCUGCCUGCCAAGUUCAUACUGAAUACCACACAUCACCCCUGGGCUCGAAAGUAUAGAGCAAAUGUUCGUGCAAAGUGGGAGACAGAUGACAACUACUGUAAGGCUGUAAAGCAGCUUCCUCUUUACAAGACGCAUGACUACCGCCUGCUGGAUAUCAUAGACACCGCCAUCUUUGACUACCUCAUAGGCAAUGCUGACCGCCAUCAUUACGAAACAUUUAGCAACGUUGACAAAGGCAUGCUAGUCAUUUUGGAUAAUGGGAAAAGUUUCGGAAACCCAUUCCAAGAUGAGAGAUCAAUUUUAGCGCCACUGUACCAGUGCUGCAUAGUUCGUUAUUCAACAAGGGAAAAUCUGAGGAUACUCCAAGAAAGUCUUCUAAGCAGUGUUUUGCGAGAAGUUCUGAGAUCAGACCCCAUCUACCCUGUGCUCACAGACAGCCAUUUUGAAGCCCUAGAUAGGCGUGUAGCAACUGUUUUGCAAGAAAUCGAAACCUGCAUUAGCACAAAUGGCCUGAACUCUAUCAUUUUGGAUGACAGAUAAUAUAAGUAGGAGUUUCAAAUGUUCUUACAAUGAACAUUAUUGCUUUUUAGUCCUUACCCAGCCAGUUCUAUGCUUACUGAAGGUUUAUUGAGUGUUAUAGUUUGCUGCUUUGGGAUACAUUUUCUUUCUGGUUUUGCAAGGGAAUGGUGGUUGUUGUGCCUUCAUUUGUAAGCAUCAACUUGGUAUGGAUUGCAGUUAAAGCUCAUACAUUUUUGUGGUUUUCUGCUAAAGUUUUCAUAGUGAAAAUGUCUUAAGUUUACAUUAUUGUUUUAAAAGAAGGCUUUAUGGCAUUAUGUUGCGCUUGACAGGAGAAGGUGGUCAGUUCAAUUCUUUGGACUUCCGAACUUUGAAAAUGCUAUCUGUCUACCCUUAGGGAUAUAUACUUGAAGUACCAGGUUGAAUCAUUGGGUUCCACAUUUCGUUUACAGUGCCCUAUGCAAAUUGAGCUAGUCAACAUUCACUGCCCCUUCCCUUCCCAUAGCUGUUAGAGUUUGAGACCUAUACAAAUACCUUUUUAAUAUCUGAAUUUCUGUUAGAAAUACCCCCAUCCUUCAGACAUCAUUCAUAAAAGGAUUCAGGUCCUUACAUUUCACUUUAAAGAAUUGUAAAUAAUUGAAAAGAAAAAAAAGUGUAAAGACGUUGUUAUAUAACUGAAUGAAGAAAGGAAAAUAUUGCAGUUUAUGUUUAUCCUUAUAUUUUUAUUUUUGGCAUCUUGGAGGAAGAAACCUAUACCUUUCACACACCAAUGAUCUGGUAUACAUGAGGAAAUGAUAAUUACUAUACUUCUUUUUUCUUGUUUAGCAGGUUAGAGAUUUUGUGGGUCUUGGAGGUGUUAGCAAGGUAUUUAAGCUUUACCUUAUAUUCCUACUGUUAGCUUGUUUCUAGUUAAUAAUUUUGGCUUUUAUUUAUAUAGUUAAACAACAAUUUGUUAUGGUUUGUUAAACAUCGAAAAAGUUACCACAUUUGCUGAAGUUCAUCUUUGGAACUUUUUAUUGUUCCUUAAAAUUAAAUGAAGUAUUUUUUUAAAA